ACAUCAAAAUGAGCCUUCAAACACCAAAUUCAACUCAUUUCAAGUACUACAUCCUCUUAUAGUUAGCUCCUGACCUUUUUGACACUCUUUUCAUCUCAAGAAAAUGGGGAUUCGGUUUCUAUCUUUGGUUCCUCAUGCCAAGCAAAUUCUGAAGAUGCAGUCAGGUUUCACCAAAAACCAGUUGGAUGUUCCGAAAGGCCAUGUUGCAGUUUAUGUGGGAGAGAUCCAAAGGAAGCGGUUUGUGGUUCCAAUAUCUUACCUAAACCAUCCAUCGUUCCAGCAACUGCUCAGUCACGCAGAGGAGAAGUUUGGAUUCCAUCAUCCUCAAGGGGGACUAACAAUUCCUUGCAAAGAAGAUGCCUUCAUCGAUCUCACUUCUAGACUGCAAGUAUCUUGAAGGAUGAACAGCAAUGCUCAAGCUGCAAUUUUCUACAACCUUUUCUGGUUGUUUCUGACUCAAUUGUAUUUUGACCCAUACUAAAAUGUUGUAGAAUGGAAUGCCUUUCUUGCCUGUAAAUGAGUGGCAUUGUAAUGGCGCAUUUACCAACAGAAGUGAAUCAAAAGAAAACACAAAUUUAGCAUCAAUUUCUAUAUAGCCUUUUCUUUUCUGCUUUA